UAAUCUUUCUCAACUUUGCUAUGCAUUCUUGUUAAAAGUUUCGUAUGAGGAUGCAUACAAGGUCGUGCGUCAUCAAACAAAGGAUUUCUAGGUGAAUACCGAGUCCCGCUCGCGUAUAAAACGAUUCUCAUUUCUUCUAUUAAAAAUGCUACGUUACGACAAUGUUUCUUCGUCUGCGACGUUACUCCUCUUGCUCGCUGGGAUCGUCCUUUUUACUGCCGUUGAAGUACAAUCUCGAGAACUUGAUUGUCGGCGAUUCGUAUUUGCUCCGAUAUGCAGAGGUGCCACUAUCAAAAGAUCUUUUGUUCCGAACAUGGGCGUUAACGAAGAUGAUGUACGCGACAUGUUGGUGAAUUACCCUAAAAAACAAACGAUGGAAACAGAAAAUCAACCCUUCGUGAUACCUAUGCUGCUUGACCAGCGUUUUGUUGACGUUCGUUCAUCAGUUAAUCGCCAUCAAGCACAAACUGAUGCUGAAGACUGACAACCAGGAGGGCUGGUUCAUUAAAGGCUCACAAACCUUUAUAGUGUGUGGACAUUUGAUUUGUUACUCACCCACAAGAAAUGUGUAUCGAUGUUUCUCCUAAGGCUUUUGUUACAAUUGCUACACGAUUUUAGACAAUGUUGUCUCUUUUUCAUUUAAUUUAACAC